UCAAGUGGAGCGAUCUAUGGGCUUCUUGCAGUUUACCAACACGACAAUGGCCGAAUUGUCCGUAUAAGAUAUUUUUUAUUGGCUCAUACAUCUAAACCUGCCAUGUCUUUGGUUUUAAAAAUGGCGUAUACAAGCUUUUUGUUUGCCGGUUUACGCUGUUGAAUGAUUAGUUUCCGAGACCCUGUGCGUGAUUGAACAACACGUUAACGUGAAUAUGAGAAUAAAGUACAUGUGUAGGUACAAUAAUCUACACCAUGGAUCCGUGAACAUAUUUUUUUAGCGUUAUGGUGAAUUAGAAUGGUGCCUGUGGUUUGUCAAGCUCGCACGUCGACAGGUUACCCGUUUGAAACGUAAAUAUCAUCUAGCGGGCGUUUUAUAUUUCAGAUAUGACAGCGUCGCAAAAUAGUAGAUAAUGGAGAGUUCAGAAGACGAUGCGGGCGCCGCAACGAACGCUUCCCGCCGUGUAUCGGCGCGGGAAAAGGACGUUGGACAGAUUGAGGACGUCAAUGCAACUAGUAGUUUACAGCAGGACCCAUCUGAACCGAGAACAUCAUGUGAAACCCCCGCAAUGUCGGAGGAUAAUUUUGAUGGGGACAGCGUUCCUUCCCCAUCGACGCAAGAUGUCAACACAAGCACGGAAGCGAUUUUGGAUAUGAUAGACGAGAUUGUUGAUGGACCCGGAGCACCGAAGCGUUUACCUUUUUCCCUUGAAAACGACACCGACAGUAGAUUUGCCGGUGGAGGAGACUCUGAUAUAACAGUACAUAAUAUAAACAGAGGUGACAGUUCUUUAAAAUCCCAGAAUUCAGCCCCUGCCACAAGUGCCAAAAUCGAAGAAGAACAAAACUUACAAAUAAAUUCACCCAAUGAUCUGACAUCUCAAAGUGAAGUUUUGGCAGAUGUGAAAGUGAGUAGUGUAGAAUUGCCACAAACAAGUUCAUCCAUACUCAAUAGUAAUGACUUAGAAGUGUCAAUAGAUACUCAAAAAUAUGCAGUAUCAUGUUCAGAAGAGCUUCAGAGCAUUUCUGUUCCAAAUAUUCCUUCCAGCAGUAUUGUACAGACUGUGCAAAGUGUAAUAGAAACUGAGAGUUCACCUUGUGAAAGGACAGUGAAAUGUGUGACAUCUAGUGAUAAUCGAGACAAUGUUAUAGUGGAAAGUGCUGAAUCAACGUCAAGUGACAAUAGUAUUAGUGAGGGAAAAGUCCCUAUAGUGGAAUCUUUAACGAGAUCACCAUUGCGACGUAGACUUGUGCGUCCCUUGCCAAACAGGCCAGAUUCUACUGUAUCGUCCACAGUAGACUCAAGUAUUAAUGUCGACACAUCCGAACAGGCAAGUGAUUCUAUCAUUAAAGAUGUAUCUAGCUCUUCGGAUGCUGUGCCCUCUGUACAUGGUAAUGUUAAGCCAGAAGAGAUUAGAAGUGUAAGCGAAGUUAGUAUCUGCAAAGCAGAAACAUCAAGCAGUCCGACUAAAAAAAUUAAACUCAUUAGACAAAAAAUUAUUCCUCAAACAAGUUGUACACCGACUGAUCAAAAACUUGAUAAGGAACAUAUACAAGCACAAAGUGAUCAAUGUCAAUCAACUUCAUCUGAAUCACUGAUAACUAUAGAGCCUUCUGUAAAGUCUGUAAAUGAGGACAGGACAUUAGAAUCUGUUGUUUCUUGUGAUACUAUUCCUGAAAACUUUUCUGAAAAAUCUCCUCCACAGGAAUUGGAAGUAUUACCAGAAAGCACAAAAGAGACAUCUCAAAAAAGUGAAAAAGCAGCUCAAGUAUGUAUUAGUCAUACAGAUGUUUUACCUGAAAUAAAUUGUUUAGAAACUGAGAAAAGAUUACCACCAUUAAAAAUUAAUAUAUCAACUUCAAAUGCUUCAGAAUAUACAGAAUCAACUAGUGAAACUACGGGCACAGAAAAUCUUGUUAGUGGUGAUGUUAGUGUAAAUUCAGAUGAGUCGGACUUAACAAAACAAGUACCUAAAUUAACAAUUAAAUUGAGUAACAAACAUACAGAAGAAAUCAAAACCCCGGUACCAAAAUUGACAAUAAAACCCAUCAGGCCUCCAAAAGAAUGUAUCAGUGAACCAGAUGUUAAAGAUAAAGAACAAAUACCUCACAUAACUAAAUUAAAUAUUAAACCGCUUUUGAAACAGCCCGAAAGAAUAAAUGAGAUUCAUCGAAAAUCAAGUAGUAGUGAGAUAUCAGAGUCAGAGUAUUCUGAAAAUGAUGAGAGCACAAGUACAUCUGACCAAGCAUCUGCUUCUGAUCAAGGAUCAUCAGAAAUAGUGCCUAAAGUAACAAUUAAACUUGGUAAACCAGGCACUGAAUCUGAGGGACAGUUCUAUACGGAGAAGAAUGUACCAAAAGUAACAAUAAAAGCAGUACAAAAUUGUGAGCUUCAAGAGCAAUCUUCUCCAACGAAAAUGAAAGUUAUUUUAAGUCAGCCAGAAGAUACACAAACAGAUAAAAUACCAAAAUUUACAAUUAAAACAGUAGCUAAAAGUGAAAGCCAACCUCUCAGUCCUAAACUGAUUAUAAAGCCUAUUAUAAAACCUCUAGAUGAAACAGGAACAGAAAGUACAGUUGAAAACUUCCGAUCUCCUGAUAUACCAAAACUCAAAAUAUCAACGGAAAGUGUUUCAACCAGUGUUGAAGUUAAAGAUGUAGUUCAUGUACCUAAAAUAACCAUUAAGCCAGUUUCUAAGUCUGAAUCAGAAGUUUCAACUAAAAGUAAAAAGUCGCUACCUUAUGAAAACACUGAGCAUUUUCCCAUAGUAACAAAAUUAAAUAUUAAGCCUGUUAUAAAACCUUCUGACAAUAUUCCAUUAUCUGAGGGCUUGGAUGACAAAGUUCCUGUAGUUUCGAAAUUAAAUAUUAAACCUAUAGUGAAACCUAAAGAUAACGAAAUAGAUUGUAGUAAAGACGAUGUACCUAAGAUUACAAAAUUGAAUAUUAAACCCUUAAAAAGCCCUGAAAUAAAUUCUUCUGAAGAAAAAGACUGUGAUGUUUUAAAAACUGAUGUAGAUGAAAAUAGUAUACCUGUUAUUACUAAACUUAAUAUUAAGCCUAUUGUUAAGCCAUUAGAUGAAGAUUCUCUAAAAGAUAAUGAAAAUCAAUCCUCUGAAACAGGAAACUCAAGUGAUGAUAAUGCUGAUCAAAUACCUAUAGUUACAAAAAUUAAUAUUAAGCCUAUAUGUAAACCAAAUGAUAUGGAAGAGUCAGGACCAAGCGUUAAGAAGGAAGAAAAUAUUCCAGUGAUUACUAAAUUAAAUAUUAAGCCUUUAAUAAAACCUGAUGACAACAUAUCUCCUCUAUCACCUAAAAAAGAAAUCUCAAAAGUUACUUCUACAACAACUAUGAUUACUAAAUUAAAUAUAAAACCUGUUUUAAAGCCUGAAGAAAUAAAAGAAAAAGAAUCAUCAACAUCAAACGAAAUUGAAGAAACUCCUUCAAAAAAUCCUCCAUUAGUAAUGAAAUUUAAUAGAAAAUCGGUUGUAAAUGAAAGUCAAUAUAGUAUUGAUAAAAAUAAUGAACAUGAACAUUGUAAUAACAUCAGUGACUCUAUUCCUGUAGUAUCUCAAGUAAGUUUACUGUCAGAUCACAUUAGCACUGAAUUAAAAGAACCAGAUGUAAAUUGCAAGUUCAGUGAGCAGAGUACAAAUGAGAGUCCUUCAGGAUCAUCACUAGUAAACGAAAAUUGUAUUACUUUGCUUCAAACGAAAGGAGAAAGCUUGCCUUGUACUAAAGAACAAGUUUUAACGCCUCUUUUAAGUGACAAUUUAUUGAAGAUAGUUACAGAAACCCAGCCACUUUCACAAGAAGCAAAGAUAAAUAUGGCUGAUUUUUCCUCACAUCUCAUGCCAACAAAUUCUAAAGAAUCUUUAGAAAAUGAAGUAGCAGACAGGAAUACACAUGAUAAUACAAUCAAUUUGCAAUCAGAUUUAAUUUCAAUAUCACAAACUCCUGGUGAUAGAGUAAAACAAAAAAGCAGUCCCAUGAGGCAAAACUGUACUUUACUUAAAAAAUUAUUAGAAACUAGAAAAGAAAAAGGUCUGGACGGAGAAGUGGGAAAUAAAAUGAAUGCUGCCAUGUUUUCGUCGUCAUUAUUGAUAGAUCCCCCUAAAUCACCCACAAAAAAUAUAAAUGUUAAAAAUGAUUUACUUUUAGAAAAAAAUAAGUUAGAAACAGAAAACGAUACAGCUGACUGCAGUCGAAUGAAAGACAUGAGAACGAAUGAUGUAAGCUGUAGUAUAGCGCCUUUAAAAGUACGUUCUAUGCAAGAACUUUGUAAAGAAGCAAAUGAAAAUAUUACGAAACCUCUCGAAAUUAACAUUUCGGAUAAAAUUUCCCAUCAAAGUCCUGACCAAGAUUCUCCGAGAAUAAUAUUAAAAAUUAAUAAAACUGAUCAAGGAGCAUCAGCAAAAAUUAUCACGGAAGAAACAAAAAAAUCUGAUCAAUCUUAUUCACCUGAAAAUACUCAUGACAUGGUUAAUGAUGCUCAUCAAAGAAAGAACCUUAUAAAUAGCAGAAGAAAACCUCACGCAGAUACUCCAAUGCCAAUGGGUAAAAGAUUAAGAAGCUCAAGGGUAUUACAGACUUCAGAAAAGUCUCCCUUGGCAAAGCGAAACAUGGGCAAAAGACCUUCAACUACGGAAACAAGCCCCCCACAAAGCAAAGAAUCUGAGUAUUCUGUGCUUGAAAUAAAGAGAAUAAAGCUUGGCCAACUUUUGUCUAACAAAUCAUUAACAAUUACACCUUUAGUUGCAAAAACAUCACCUAUAUCACCACCCGGGAAACCUUUGGAAAUAAAACAAGGAGGCAGAAAUCAUUCACUUUUAAAUAAUGAAAAUUGUGCUAAAAAUGGAAGCUCUGAAAUACAUAACAUUUUAACAAAACAAGCAAAACAGUUACAAGCUAUGCCUUUUAGUGACCUUAAUCACACUGAAAACAACCAAAGUCUAAGCCCUGAUUUAAAGUCGAGUACUUCGACUUGUAGUCCAGAUUUAUUAUCGGACAGUAUAUCCGUUGAAAAAACUAGACCCGAGGUUCAAAUGAUAUUCAAUGAUAACUCCGAAUCUCGAGAUUUUAGUAUGGCACCCGAGGAAAUCGUUCGGGAUCCACUAGAAGUUGAUAAUAUAAAAACUAAUGACUUCUUACACGACAUUCCUAAACCUGUAGAAAUGACACCACAACCCAAAAAGCGUGGACGCCCGCGAAAAUUACCUGUUUCAGAAGGUUCGAAAACGGUCAUCAGCCUUCCUGUAACAGCACUCGAAGAACGACCCCAGCGAUCACUUCGGUUAUCUAGGGAUCGUCCAGUGAUACUUGUGAAACCGAGAGGCAGAGGUCGUGGACGAGGUCGCCGAUUAGACACAGAGUCGAAUUCUACGUCUACGGCAGAGCCUGUUGUAGAGACUGCAAACAAAUUCUUUAUUGAGCAGAAACAGGAAGAGGAAAUAGAUCCGACGAGCUCACGCAUUAAAUUGCCACGUAUGACGGAGGCGCUUGAUAAAAUGCCAUCCGUAUGUUCUACACCCCUGACAAGUAGAAGACGAAAUUCCUCGACGGAGCUACAGCUUUUUGGUAGCUCUCCAGAUUUAAAAGUCGUUUUGGAGACGACGCUACCUAAAAUGGAAGAUCCAUUUUUAAAAUCGGCGGAGAUGAUAAGCGAGGGUAGAGGUCGUGGGAGCAGAGGAGGUCGAGGUAGCCGCGGAGGAAGAGGUCGCGCAGCAGCGCGUAGUCCGCGCGGCCGCGGCCGAGGUCGAGGCGGCGGUAGAGGCGCGAUGUACAUGAAGGAAACAAUGGGGAUUUAUGGAAGAGUAUGUGGUCCAGCAACAACGACUGUUCAGUUAUUUGAAGAAGAGACAUGCAUGAUGGACGACAACGCUACUCCCGCUAAGCCUUCACAUUUACUCGACGAAGAUUCUCAGAGCUCCGUAAAAAGUUUGACCAACGAUAGUAGUAAAACAAGGAAGUCUAAAUUUGCAGAUUUGUUUGAUAGCAAUAAAGUAUGGACGGCCGCUGAUGUUAAAGAAUACACAUGGCCACCACCUGAAAAAUUGGAAGGGGAACCUCAGGUUAUGAUGAUACAAGAGCAAGUAGCGAUGUUCCUGAGUGUGAAGAGUUUUAAGAGAAGGUAUCCAGAGUUGAAAAGACGAACUAUUACGGGAGAAGAGAGGGACUAUGUGCUUAGCAAGGGACUAGUCACGGAAGCCCUCUGUGAUCUCGGUAUAACGGCAGUAGAUGCGAGCGAAGUUUUAGAUAUAAUGCUUUCUGAUUAUCCGCACAAAUAUGAGGAAUUCAGAAGUCAUCAACGCGAGAAGCAACUCGCUGAACCGAUAGAAGACACGAUUGAAGAAACAAAGGUUGAAAUGAAAACUGAAAAGACAGAAAUUAAGGAACAAAAAAUCGUUGAGCAGAAACCGGAACCGCCGAAGAUUGAUCCCGAGAAAACUAGACAGGACAUGGCGGCGGCGGCAAUCGCGUCGGCGAGCGAGUGGAACGCGCGCCUGAACGCGUUGCGACGGCCCGCGUGCGCCGACCUGCAGUCGCUGACGGUGCAGCGCCGCCGCCCGCCGCCCGCGCCGCCCGCGCUGCGCGUGCGCCCGCCGCACGGCUUCUACCCGCACGCGCUGCUGCCCGGCCAGUAUCAGCACUGCUACCGCGUCUACGCGCCGCAGGACCUCAGAUAUUUCCCCCUGAACACGGCGCUGGCGGCCCCGCCCGCGCCUGCCUCCCCGCCGGAGUCCAGCUCGGAGUCCGAGGCGGAGUGGGGCUCGCGCUGCUCCUCGUCGGACUCGGACCACGACAUGCUGAGGAGCGCCAAGCGAAAAAAAUUGACAAAAACCAAAAGAAGCAGCCAAGCGGAGGCUUCGACGGUGGCCAUCAAGGACGAGGAAGUUGACACGUGCCGCGUGUGCAAAUUGCGGCUCGAGGCCAACCGCAAGUACACGCACGAGCGCUUCCUCGUCUGCGCCAACUGCAACGCUAAGCUGCACCCGUCGUGCGUGGAUCUGAGCGCGGACACGAUCCGCAAGUGUCGCGAGUACGCGUGGCAGUGCGCCGAGUGCAAGACGUGCUGCUCCUGCGCACGACCCGCCGACGACGACAAGAUGCUGUUCUGCGACCUCUGCGACCGCGGCUUCCACAUCUACUGCGUAGGCCUGCAAGCCGUGCCCACAGGUCGCUGGCACUGCGUGGAGUGCGCCGUGUGCAAGUCGUGCGGCGCGCGCGAGCCCGGCGGGCCGGACGCGGAGUGGCACCACCAGACCCGGCGCGGCCCCGGCGGACACAAGCUCUACUCGCACUCGCUGUGCACGCCCUGCGCCAGGGCGUAUCGCAUCGGUCGCUACUGCCCGCUGUGCGAUCGCUCCUUCAUCGGGCCAAAGGGGACCAUGCAGCUCGUCAUUUGUAAGCUCUGCGAUAGGCAACUGCAUCAAGAGUGCGUUAGGGCGACGGGCAGCGCGCUGCACGUGCUGGACUACACGUGCGGCGAGUGCCGGCGCGGCGGCAUCACGUCGCGCGCGGCCGCCGUCCGCCUGGCGCCGCGCACCAUCGCCACGCUCUUCAUGGCCAAGCGCCGCUUCAACAAGUACGCGCACCGCCAGUACCUGCAGAGCCGUCUGCGCCCCGACGACGGCGCCCCCUAGUAUAUGUAUAGCGUAGGUACUUCGUUACGUCUAACUCUCGUUCGCUUCGGUAAUAUGACUUUCAAUCGUAGGCUAUGUGUACGUGGCGACGUAUGAACUGUACAGUAAUUUAAUACUAACUUCACUAUAUGGGUAGCUGGGCAAUCAUACUAUUUUAAUAUUAAUAUUUUUUUUAAUGUUAGCGAGACAGAUCAUGUAUGCGUCCCCGUGUUAUUUAUGUCGAAGGAGAAUAGGGUACGAGAGAUCGAGUAAUGUGCUGUUGUUUUGUUAUGGAAAUUAAUUCAUCGAUUCUGACAUUAUUGUUUAUAUGUGUGUGGUUUAUAUAAAGGAAAGUAUCUUAAUUAGAAUGUUUUCUCUACAAAUAAUUUCUCGAAAACUGGAAAAUAAACUGUAUAUUAUAAAAAUCUGCCUUUUAAUGCAUUUGUAAUGCAAAUUCUUUGUUUAGAGAUUGGCAAAAAAUAGCAAAUCAUUUUAAAAAUGAUCUAAAAAAAGAAGACAGUGCGCAUUUUCUUUUUGAUUUUAGGUUAAUUUUAGGGUAUUGUUAAUUUUGCUUAAUAAGGUAUUUAUUUUAGUUAUUACUUUUAUAUGGAUACAACUGUAUACAACUUAUACCCGAUAAUCAUUAUUCAUAUAUAUUUAUAUAUAUAUAAUUAUAUGUAUUAUAAACUAUAAUCGAGCAUAAACGAAAAAUAUGAAAAUAUUCACUUGCGGAUGACUGUGAUGUCCAAAAUGAAUUUAUUUACUUAUAAAUAAAUAAAAAUUUACAGAAUUUAUCCGAUUCCCAAUACAUAAUGAUUAAUUUUAGCUGUUUAUAAAAUUGUUGAUUAAAAACUAUAUUACUAGAUCGUUAGGUUUUUUUUUAGUUUAAUUAUAUGAGUGAAAUCCAGCAGCUCUUCUUCCAAGUGACAAUUUAUUUCGCUUAAGACAAAAUGCUAGUUGAAUAACAAAAGUUAUUCCGGUUCUGAAAUAAGCUAUUCUAAUUUUAAUAAUAAAAUUAUGUUACGAAAGUUUAAAUUGUAAGUCUUUAUUAUAAAUAAAUCUUAAUCUUAAUCUCUUCUUUUUCAGUUCCAGUACCUAGCUAGCAUUUUGACUUAAUUUCAAAGUACAAAACAUAGGCUACAUUUAUCUUCUAAUUUAUUAACAUUCGCCCCGGAAAUUGUACAAGCCCAAUGAUUAAAGAUUAUAAUAAAAUAAAUUAUAUAGCAAAGAGCAUAGUAUCUUUAUUUUGAUUAUGAGAAAAUUAUUUAUUCAAACCAUUUAUAUAGUAUUACAUAGACGAAUUAGGCAUUAUUAAUUUCCUGGGCGAUGCUCAAGAUUUAUCAAGACUACUACACAUAUUUUCGAAACAAUGUCCUGUGAAUCUGCAUUGUUAUAUUACAUGUAAGGAUUGACUUAAUCCUAUAAUACGGUUGUCAGUCACGUUUUAUAGAAUUUGUUUUUCAAUUCAUCUUAAUAAAACUUUUGCUAAUAAAAUAUAAUGGCUACUCGACAUUUCAAUUAAGUUUUUUUUUUUUUUGGUUAAAUUCUUAAAGUAUUAUUUACAUCAAAUUUUUUAUUCAGUUUUUUUUGUGACAAAAAGGAGUUUGUUAAGUUUUUUUGGAAAACAAUUCUAUAAUACAUUGACUCCAAUUUGAUGAGCAUAAACCAACUUAGGAGCAUUUUAUAAAGUUUAUGCGUUCUCUGUACUUACGAUACUUUCUGCGCGCUAUCGUCUUUUAACCACUGCUGAGUGCAAUCUAUCCCCAGUUUGUUGUGUAUUAUAACUUGUAUUAGAAAUAUAAUCAGUAACUUCAACUAAUACUGAUUAAGUGUAAUGUAUCGAGUUUAGUUUAUAAUUAUGCUUUCUUUAUUAUUAAUCAUAAUUUACUUAGUGACAAUUUUAAGAUAAAAAUGAUGUCAACUGAUUAUUUCAUCAAAUCAUGUAACUUUUUUAUGAUAUACACAACUGGUUUCGGUGUCUCGACACCACAAAUCCGCAUUGCUUUAUUGACACAGGUGAAUAAGACUUACUUGUAAGAGAAAUAAUUAUAACUUUUAUGUCUACUUAAUGCAAGUGUAAACGUUCUAGAAAUCUCGCACUGUUCGGUCAAUUUUGUAAAAAAAUAAAGUAAAUUUAAUUUGA